AUGGUCAAAGCAGGUACGUCCAUCGAGUACAGCUCCCCGCAGCGCUCAAUCACAACGUCAACACUCGUCCUCUGCUCAGUCCACACUGAAGGCGGUGUACGCUGACAAUCACGGAAUGCAGUCGUCGCAGGCGCCUCUGGCGGUAUCGGCCAGCCGCUUUCGCUCCUUCUCAAGGCCAGCCCGCUCAUCGACCACCUGUCCCUCUACGAUGUCGUCAACACUGCAGGUGUUACCGCCGACUUGUCCCACAUCUCCUCGGUCGCGCAGAUCGACGGAUACCUGCCUGAGAAUGGAGAGGGAAUCAAGAAGGCCUUCAAGGGCGCGGACAUUGUGAUCAUUCCAGCUGGAAUUCCACGUGAGUCGUACACCUUUCUUUCUGUUUUGGUUGCAGUGGUGGCAGAAGAGCAGCAGCAGCAGUAGCGGCGGAUAGAGACAUCAGUGGCAAGAGGCAAUUGGUAAGCGUGCACAUUUACUUACGGACACAGGCAAGCCUGGCAUGACCCGUGACGACCUCUUCAAGAUCAACGCUGGCAUUGUCAAGGGCCUCAUUGAGGGUGUCGCCCAGAACUGCCCAGAGGCCUACGUCUUGGUCAUCUCCAACCCAGUCAACAGCACCGUCCCAAUCGCCGCCGAGGUCCUCAAGGCCGCUGGCAAGUUCAACCCACAGAAGCUCUUCGGUGUCACCACGCUCGACGUCGUCCGCGCCGAGACCUUCGUCCAGGCCAUCACCGGUACCAAGGACCCGGCCAAGACCAAGAUCCCCGUGAUCGGCGGUCACUCUGGCGAGACUAUCGUUCCUCUCUUCUCGCAGGCCAAGCCAGCCGUCAACAUUCCAGAGGACAAGCUCGAGGCGCUCACCUACCGUAAGAUACAUCCCUUCACCCUGCUCUGAGCCUUGCUAACGACCAUUUGCAGGCGUCCAGUUUGGUGGUGACGAGGUCGUCAAGGCCAAGGACGGCGCGGGUUCCGCAACUCUCUCCAUGGCCUACGCCGGCUUCCGCUUCGCUGAGCAGGUCAUCAAGGCCCACAAGGGUGAGACCGGCAUCGUUGAGCCCACUUUCGUCUACCUCCCAGGUGUCCCCGGCGGCGACGAGAUCGUCAAGGAGACCGGUCUCGAGUACUUCUCUGUCCCAGUCGAGCUCGGCAAGGGCGGUGCACAGAAGGCGGAGAACAUCGUCAAGAGCGCGAACGACUUCGAGAAGAAGCUGCUACAGAAGUGCUACGAGGGUCUCAAGGGCAACAUCGAGAAGGGUAUCGAGUUCGCCAAGAACCAACCUCAGUAA